UUAAUGAUAGUUGUUUGUUGUCGUAUCCUAUCCAAGUGGAGAAGAUGCAGCCCCCAUAUUUCCAAACCAGCAAUGGCCAUGGUUUAUGAAUAAUUCUCAAAUCCAGUCAGUGACAAAGUUCUAUAAAUAGCUACAACUUAAUUCACAUUAUCUCAAACCCAUACCAAAAAACAAUAUCACAACAAUCAGUAAAGUAUGAAACUAACAGCACUAAAUACCUUCACAUUCCUCUUCAUAAUAUCUUUCCUAUUUGCAAAUGUCUCCGGCGGCUGGUUCACGGGCUUGGCACCAGCAAUUGAAUCAAUAUUCAAAACCAAAAUCCCUUCCUCUAUUGCACGAGUCAUUCCAGGUAAAUCAAACCUCGACAAAGGUAUGUUUGUAAAAGGUAAACUCGGCGACAUAUCUGAUGUGAAUGACUACUUAGAGAAAUACGGAUACUUAAACUCUUCCACUUCCAAUCCAAAUUCCAUUGAUGAAUCUUCAUUAAUCCAAUAUCAGAAAUUUUUUAACCUCACUCCUACAGGCCAGUUUGAUAAUAAUACAUAUAACAUCCUGACAAAGCCACGUUGCGGUGUUGCUGACAUCGUCAACGAAACGUCCUCGUUUAAACCAUGGUGGACUGGGAAUGAAUUAAAAUACGGUUUUCACCCGAAGAAUAAGGUUUCAAACAACGUUAAGUCUUUGUUUCAAGAUGCGUUUAACCGUUGGUCUAAUGUAACAGGUUUGAACUUCACAGAGACGGUGGUAUUUAAUAAGUCGAAUAUUCGUAUAGGGUUUUUGAAUUUUGAUGGAAAAGGUGGAAUGGUUGGAGGAUCUUAUAUAAACAACAAUAAUAAUGUUGGGAUUAUGUUUUUUGAUUUAAAAGAACAGUGGGUGAAUAAGAGUGAUAUUAAAAAGGAUGAAGUUGAUUUGGAAUCAGCUGUGAUGCAUCAAAUUGGCCAUUUAUUAGGGUUGGAACAUUCUUCUGUGGAAGAGUCUAUUAUGUAUCCGAUUGUGUUGCCGAAACAGAAGAUUGAGUUGGUGAAUGAUGAUGACUUGAAGAAGAUUCAGCAAAUAUAUGAUGUCAAAAAUGUCAAGAAUGGUGCAUCAGAUUCAAAUGUCAAAACUGAUGCAUCCGGUUCAAGUUGGUCAGUGGGUUUUUGGCCAUUAGGCUUCUUUGGGUUUGUUGUAUGUUUCGUGGGGUUAAUGUGAAAUUAGAAGCUACAACUAGUAGUCAAUAAAUGUUGGAUAUGGAACAUUGUAAAAUUGUUUCUUUUUCAGUUUGUGGAUAUGGGCAUUUGAAUUGUUGAUGGCUUUUGACGAAUUCAAAGUAUAAUGUUUUAGUUUUGUUAAAAA